GUCUUCCGCUUACGCCAACGAAAAUAUAGUUUGUAAAAUAACGAUUUUAACAAGUUAAAAGUUCCUUUUUUACUACGAAGAUCGAAAACUAACUCCGAAUUAAAAUUUAUUAAAUUGAAAUUAACAACUGAAACGAAAAAGUGCCUUAGAUUUUUAUGGAUUUUAGUCGAAUUUGAUGAUACAAGCGACGAAAAUGGCAGUGAGUGAUGAUGAUAUUUUUCGAAGGAGAUUAUUAAUAGAAGGUGAUGGAGGUGGUGAUGAUAAAAGAAUUGCCAGCUUAUUGAAAACAUUUUUCCAUUGGGCAAGUGAAUCAGAGACCAAGGAAGAAAAUCAUGCCCAGUAUGAGAGAAUGAUGAAAGACCUAGCUCUGUGUGACUGUGCUGCAGGAAAAUGUUUAAAUGUUUUCAAGAUGAAUUUGAAAGAGCAAUCAAAUUAUGAAAAAUUAAGUAAAGAAAUAGAACAGAAAAUAAGUGAGGCUACAGAAAAGAUUUCAGAGUGUAAAAAUGAAUUGCAGCAAGCAAAGAGAAUUAGGAAAAACAGACAAGAGUAUGAUGCACUGGCAAAAGUAAUACAGCAACAUCCAGAUAGACAAGAAACAACAAAGCAGCUUCAAGUUAUAGACAAGGAGGUGACCAGUUUGGAAGAAAAGAAAAAAAGUCUUGAGCAGAAGCUUGGUAUGAGAAGAAAACAGUUCCAUGUUUUAAUAGCAGCCAUUCAUGAGUUACAGCAGAUAUUAGAUGCUGAUGAAAUCGAUGAUAUUAAGGAUGACAUUAUGGAUACAAGCUGAAAGUAUAACAUGAUAUCUGAACUUAUUUUUUGCUGCAGACCAGUCCAGUAUGUCAAGUGUAUAACAAUGAUAAGAUGACAUUUAUCAAUGUUAAUAUGACAUCUUAGAUGACAGUGAUGUUAAUCAUUUGACAGUUAAACAAAGGACUUUAAAUAUUGUAAAUAAGAGAACUCUUACAAAGAAAUAUCAUUCCUCAAUCAGGAUUUAUUUGUUCUGUCAGGGACGUAUAUAGAUGUCUAUAUAAGUCCUUGGUUCUGUGAAACAAUCUUUAUUCAUUGAUGCCAUUUUUUGAAAUACAAUUCAUUAUUCAAAUA